AUGGCGAAGCAAAGGACGUUGGAAUCGCUCUUUGCGCCGGAGCCUGCGCAGAAGCGCGCACGUGUAGAGAAGGAGCAGGAGGAGAAGGAGAAGGAGCAGGAGCAGGAGCAGGAGCGGGAGGAGCAGGAGGAGACCGUCGCGGCCGAAAAGACUGCCGACCUCAUCCAGAGCGCGUCGCUGCGCCCGUCGGCCAAGCCGGGCUGGAAGCAGGGCACGCCGAUCAAGUAUGCGACGCUCGUCGAUACUUUUUCCAAAGUCGAGGCGACGACAAAGCGUCUCGAGAUUCUGCAAUACGUCACAGACCUCUUUGUGCAGGUCAUUACGCACUGCCGCCAAGAUAGUGUCGCGGCGGCGAGCGAGAAUCUGCUGUAUGCCGUCUACCUGUGCAUCAACCGCCUGUGCCCUGACUAUGAAGGGCUGGAGCUCGGCAUCGGCGAGGGCCUCCUCGUCAAGGCCAUCGCACAGAGCACCGGGCGCGAAAUUGCACGCAUCAAAAAAGACCUCGAGGCAAAAGGCGAUCUGGGCCUGGUCGCCCUCGCCUCGCGCAAGCACCAGCCGACCAUGUUCCAGGCGCAGACGCUCACCGUCCCGGCCGUCUUUAAGCAGCUCAAAGAGAUUGCACGCGCGGCCGGCGCCAAGUCGCAGGACAAGAAGCUCGGCAUUAUCAAGCGCCUGCUUGCGUCGUGCACGGGCGACGAGAGCAAGUACCUGAUCCGCAGUCUCGAAGGCAAGCUGCGUAUUGGCCUCGCAGAAAAAACGGUGCUGGUCGCCGUUGCGCACGCCGUGAUGCUUGCCUCGCUCGGCGAGCAGGCCGCCGAGAUGGAAAAAGAGGACCUCGCCGCGCACCUCGAGCACGGCACCAAUGUCGUCAAGGCCGUCUUUAGCGAGCUCCCAUCGUACGAUAUUGUGGUGCCUGCGGUCCUCGAGCACGGCAUCGACGGGCUGCGUGAGCGCGUCAAGCUCACGCCCGGCAUCCCGCUCAAGCCCAUGCUGGCGAAGCCCACGAAAGAGAUUGGCGAGGUGCUCGACCGUUUCGAGGACAAGACCUUUACGUGCGAGUACAAGUACGAUGGCGAGCGCGCGCAGGUCCACGGCUUCCGCACGCCGAGCGGCAAGCUCGAAGUGCGCGUCUUUUCGCGCAACUCGGAGGACAUGAGCAUGAAAUACCCCGACCUGGUCGUGCAGAUUCCGCGCUGCCUGCGCGACUCGGUGACCAACUUUGUGCUCGACGCCGAGGCGGUGGCAUGGCAGCCGCUACACGUCGCCCAGGCCGAGCGCAGCGACGCGACGGAAGGGCGCCUCCUGCCGUUCCAGGAGCUGAGCCGCAGGAAGCGCAAGGACGUCAAGGCCGAGGAUAUCAAGGUCUUUGUCAAGAUCUUUGCGUUCGACCUGCUCUAUCUGAACGGCGAGCCGCUGCUGCACCUCGAGCUCGCGGAGCGCCGCGCACGGCUGCUCGAGCACUUUGCCGCAGUGCAGGACGAGUUUGAUAUCGCGACGCACCGCGACUGCCACACCACCGAGGAGAUCCAGACGUUUCUGGACGAGAGUGUGGCGAGCGGGUGCGAAGGACUCAUGGUCAAAAUGCUCAAUGGCGCGGAUGCGACGUACGAGCCGAGCCGCCGCUCGAUCAACUGGCUCAAGCUGAAAAAGGAUUACUUGUCCGGCACCGGCGACAGUCUCGACCUGACCGUGAUUGGAGGGUACUACGGCAAGGGCAAGCGCACCAAUGUCUAUGGCGCCUUCCUCCUGGCUUGCUACGACGAGGACCAAGAGACCUACCAGAGUAUCUGCAAGAUCGGCACCGGCUUCUCCGAGGCCGAUCUCGAGUCGCACCACAGCACGCUCAAAGCGCUUGAAAUUCCGGCCAAGAAAGGCUACUAUGACGUUGGCGACGCCAAGCCCGACGUCUUUUUCGAAGCCAAGGUCGUCUGGGAGGUCCUCACCGCCGACCUGUCGCUGAGCCCGGUGUACAGCGCGGCGAAAGGCAUGAUUGACGCGCGCGGCAUCUCGCUGCGCUUCCCCCGCUUCAUCCGCAUCCGCGACGACAAGACCCCGGAAGAGUCCACGAGCCCGGAGCAGAUCGCCGACAUGUACCGCGCCCAGGCCGUCGCGAGUAAAAAAGAUCGGGGCCGUGACGACGAUGACGGAUUUUGGUAG